AUGACUUUAAUUAUAGCGAGUCUGUCAUUACAAUUGAUUACAAUAUCUAUAAUAACACUUCAGAGACAAUUACAGCACUUGAAUAUAAGUUCCCGAAAGACAUGGAACUCAACAUAUGAUUAUAUAGUAGUGGGCGCCGGAAGUGCCGGCUCUGUAGUGGCCGCACGACUAUCGGAAAAUUUAGCUGUAAAUGUCUUAUUACUGGAAGCGGGCGGAGCUGAGACUGCCAUUACGGAUAUGCCGGCCAACUAUUUUUCAAUUACCGGUAAUCCAGAGUUUGACUGGAAUUAUCUAAUUACAGAUCAGCCAUUUAUAGCUCGUGCCUACAAUCAGCCGAUUCAUAUGUCAGUCGGCAAAGUUUUGGGCGGUUCAUCCACAUUAAGUGGAAUGGUAUACAACAGAGGAAAUCGUAAUCAUUUUGAUGAAUGGCAUUCAAGAUAUGGCUGUUUGGGCUGGAAUUACGACAAUAUUCUGCAAUACUUUUUGAGAGCCGAAAAUAAUACGGAUACCAAUUAUUUAACUAAAAAUGCCAAAUAUCAUAGCAAUACGGGACCGUUAACUGUGUCUUCAGAUUGGAGUCAUAUAAAUGUUUUGCCUAUUUUUCAAGCAUUUCUCGAUACGGCUGUUAUGGCCGGCUAUCCAACAAUUGAUGUUAACGGUCCAACACAGGAGGGCUCGACAUUAUUUCAGCACACAAUAAAAGAUGGGACAAAAGUAACCACUUCUGGUGCUUAUAUCGCGCCUAACAUUAAUCGCACGAAUUUACAUGUCGUCACUCGAGCCAGUGCUACAAGAAUUAUAUUCAGAGGACUGACUGCCAAAUCCAUUGUAUUCACGCGUAAUGGCAUUGAAUAUACAGUUAAUGCCAAUCGCGAAAUCAUAUUGUCUGCGGGCAGUAUAGGAUCGGCAAAACUACUGAUGCUUUCGGGUAUUGGACCUCAAGAUCACCUCAACAGUCUAAAUAUACCCGUCCUGUCAAACUUGCCGGUGGGCAACAACUUUCACGACCACACUUCAGUUGUACUCUAUUAUGAUGUCCUCAAUCAAAGUCGUUCCUAUGAUUUAGUUGAACUGACGGUUCAAAAUCUAUACGACUAUUAUGUGAACUCUUCGGGAACACUGACUAUGUUUCCAAAUGCGGCCACAUAUCAGGUCACACCUGUUAACAAUCAAUAUGAUUGGCCCGAUAUUAUGACCGAAAUGACCCGAAGCAAUAAUUUAUGGCAAAACUUGUCGGAUAUUAUGCGACAAUAUGGAUCUAAUGUGGAGGAAUGGCAAGACUAUUGGAGACCAUAUGUUGGCCGAAGACUUAUUUUAAUGUACAAUCAAUUGGUUAGACCUCGAGCUCGUGGAACAGUAAGACUGUCAUCUAGUGAUCCAAAUGCAAUGCCUUUAGUUAAUCCUAACUAUUUGGGAGAUCCCUAUGAUAUGGAAGCAAUGGUUAGUGGUGUGAGAAAUAUGAUAACUCGCAUAUCAACUACCGGUCCAUUUGGCCAACAAACUAGACGUAUAUCAACAACAAUACCCGGUUGUAUAAAAUGUGGUAACGACGAGACUUGCGACUCAUAUUUACGAUGUUUGGUCAGACAAACAGCACAAGCAGUUUAUAGACACGUGGGCACCUGUAGGUGUGGAUCAACCACUGAUAGUCAAGCAGUGGUUGAUGAAAGGCUUCGAGUAAUUAAUGUAAAGAACCUGCGAGUGAUUGACUCAUCUAUUAUGCCUCAAGUGGUCAAUAGUAACCAUUUGGCCGCAACCGUAAUGAUAGCUGAGUUUGGAUCUCAAAUGAUUAAAGACGAUAUAAAUCGUAUCGUUUAA